CAGAGAGAGAGAGAGAGAGUGCAAAAGGAACACAAGUGGGAGUUUCAAAUAUUGCUAUCUCCCAUAGCAUAUAAAAUUAAGAUCUGCGUUAGCCAGUAAAAUCUCUGAAGCAGAAGGCAUUGUCCACUGUGACAGGCAUGGGUGAAGAAAACAAGGAAGAAGGAAAUAAAGAAGACACCAAAGAGGAAAAGAAAGAAGAGAAAAAGGAUGAAAACAAGGACGGGUUACUGGAGAUAGUACUCAAAGUUGAUAUGCAUUGUGAGGCCUGUGCAAGGAAAGUUGCUAAAGCAUUGAAAGGAUUUCAAGGAGUGGAAGAUGUGAGUGCAGAUAGCAGGACAAGCAAAGUAGUAGUGAGAGGGAAGGCAGCAGACCCCAUAAAGGUGUGUGAGAGGCUACAAAAGAAAAGUGGUAAGAAAGUGGAGCUAAUUUCACCGUUGCCAAAACCUCCGGAGGAGAAAAAAGAAGAAAACAAAGAACCACCGCCAGAGGAUAAAAAAGAUGAGCCUCCACCUGUGGUAACAGUUGUCCUAAAAGUUCGAAUGCAUUGUGAAGCAUGUGCUCAAGUUAUACAGAAGCGUAUCCGUAAGAUUCGAGGAGUAGAAUCAGUGGAAACAGACUUGGCAAAUGAUCAAGUCAUAGUAAAAGGUGUCAUUGAUCCUGCGAAGCUUGUUGAUCAUGUGUACAAGAGGACCAAGAAGCAAGCCUCUAUUGUGAAGGACGAAGAAAAGAAGGAAGAAGAGAAGAAAGAAGAGGAUAAAAAGGAAGAGAAAAAAGAAGGUGAAGAAAACAAGGGAGAAGAAGAUAACAAAACUGAAAUCAAGAGAAGUGAAUACUGGCCAUCGAAAAACUACAUCGACUACGCUUAUGCCCCUCAGAUUUUCAGCGACGACAACCCGAAUGCCUGCUCUGUUAUGUAAACCAGCAAUUUGUGCUAACUCUCUAUUAAUUAGCGCAAGUAAUUUUCUUUCCUAUGUUGUUAGAGCUGGUCGCUAUAUAUAUAUAUAUAUAAUGGUGUGAGUAUUUGAAGGGUGUAUUCCUUCCUUUCCUUGGCAUCCCUUAGAGCUAGAUGUCUUAUUUCUUGUGCUUAUGAACUUUCAAGUAUUUGCUUGCCACUUCUGUUGCUUCACCGAAUUUUGGCCUAGAAUUUCUUUAC